UGGACUGGGAGGGACUGGGAGGGAACUGGGAUAUACUGGGAUAUACUGGGAUGUACUGGGGGGGACGAGAAGGGACUGGUCUCUGCUGGUCUGUACUGGUCUGUACUCUUUUAUACUGGUCUAUACUGGUUUAUACUGGUCUGUACUGGUGUGUUCUGGUUUGUACUGGUUUAUACUGGUUUAUACUGGUUUAUACUGGGCAGGAGACGGUGGUGAACGCGCUGGGGUUGCUGUUGGCGCUGCUGCUGUUGCCGGUGCUGGAGGGGCAGCCGUGGCUGACGUGGCUCCUGGUGCUGCUGCUGAUGGUGGCCCACUUGGGUGCCAACAUGGCGGCCGUCCGCUCGCUGUGUUUCCCCACCUUGAACCGACCCCGACUCCGCCUGGCUCUCAGUGGGGCCUUGCGGGGUUUCAGCGGGGUUUUACGGGGUCCCACAGACCCCAAAACCCCGACCCCAAAAACGGGGGACCUCACGCUCACCGUCCCCAGCCCCGAAGAGAUCAACCCCCGAGAGCCUCUACUGCCUGGUCAGUGGCACCCAAUGUCACCCCACUGUCACCCCAAUGUCACCCCACUGUCACCCCAAUGUCCCCAAUACCCCCCAAUGUCCCUAAAUGCCACCCAAUGUCCCCAAUGUCCCCCAGUGUCCCCAGUAUCCCCAAUGUCUCCCAAUGCCCCCAAUAUCCCCAAUGUCCCCAACUGUCCCUAA